AUGCCCUCUGCCUCCACCAGGGUGAGAACUACCAGUGUGGACAGCGUGUCCAGUAGGGAGAGCGGUGCCAGUGUGAGCAGCAGUGUGAGCGUGCCCACGGUGUGUGGAGUCCCCAGUGGCACGGUGGUUCUGGAGGCGCAGUAUGACUAUCAGUACCGUGGGGCAGACGGACGACAGGUCUGCAUCCGAGAGGGGGAGCGGUUUAUUCUGCUCAGGAAGACUAACACUGACUGGUGGCAGGUGCGGAGGAUCGGGGCAGCCAGUAAAGCAACUCCCCUGUAUGUCCCAGCUACGUACGUAGUGGAGGUACCCAUCACUCCUCUGUCAUCAGUACCACAACAACAAAAUGCCAACAACAACAUGUGUAACCAUGCCAACAUGACACUGCAGCUACAGUCAUCUCUCUCUCUCAGCUCUAACAGCCAGUACUCAGUGUUCAAAACCUUCUGUCAAUCAAUGGAAGACCUCAACUCUCACAGUGCCUUCAGGGGAGUCAACAGCCACAGCCCUACCCCCAGUCUGGGAGGAGGAGGGGGUUACUUCCCCACCAUGCCCCUCCCUGCCCUCCCUGCCUACACCGCUAGCUCCUCCUCGGGACAUCUGCUGGUCCCUGGGGGCCCCCAGACCUCCAUUGGCCUCUCGGGUCCCAUCCACCGCACUAAAAGCUUCAACAACCUGCCCCAGAACCCUUACGAGGAGAUCGAAGUGGCGGAGAUGGGUGUCGGGAUGGGACUGAGUGGACGGAGCGCGCCCAUCGGGGGUGUUGCCAAGUCCCUUAGCCAAUGGGACAUGGCCGAGGCCACCCGCAGAAACAGCCGUCUGCAGUGGGCAGUCAAGAAGAACCACAAACAGAAGAGGAUGUGGCUUCAACAGAAAACAGUGUCUCCCCAGUCCUACAUUUCCCAGCAGUCUCUCCUGGAGUCUACUCUAUACUCCGCCAACCAGCAGGUGAAGAGGCGGAGCCAAGUGGAGCCCCCCAGCCCCGCCCCCGGCCAGCGACCCAUGCAGGUGCUGGACCUAUGGGAGCAGUACUCAGACCCCUCCACGGGGCGAUGUUUCUAUGUCAACACCGUUACCAAGGAGAGGUCCUGGAAACCCCCCCGCAGAGCCCGCGAACAGGCAUAA